UUAGUAUUCGAGUUAGAGACAUGUGCCUAAUUCCGCGCAGCUCAGCCAGCACUUCUCGAAAUCCCCAAUUGUCUUCUACCCUUGAACAAAACUCCUUUCGAGUCUUGAAUGUUCUGCGUAUAUAUUUUGAUUAUAAUUUUUUAGUUUGAUUUCGUUUUUGGCAUCUUUAAUCUUGAAAUCAUGAAUUUGAAUCUUGAAUUCUGGAAACCAGAAAACGAAACUGUGGCAAAUUAUAGUAGAGAGUACAGGAAGAUGCAUCCAAGAUUCCCAGUAAAAACAGUCCAAUUUGGACAUUCAUCACAUUUUUAUACACUCCCACAGCAUCAACAGAAGCUCCUUUUCAGAUUUUUUUGCAGUGGCAAGAAUCCUCCUCCAAGUUCUUUAGAUUCUGAUCCUUCUUCUUCUUCCUCCUCGUCGUCGACGGAUGACAAGUUUGGGUUCAAGCUUGUGAGUCGGUCUCUGCGCGACGCUAAAUGGAAAUUCAAUGAUAUUGAUACCAAUACUGUGCAAGAAUCAGUGAACCAAUGGCUCUCAAAGACCCAAAACUUUUUCAAUGAAAUAACUUCCCCAUUCGUUAAAACUGUUCAUAAUAGAAGGCCGAAUCUUCCAAAAGAUAGUGAAGAUAUGGAGGACGUCUUCAUUACUGAGCAUACUGUUGAUAGCAAAAUCCCUGGUGGAGAGCUUUCUGAAGCUGCCAUUGUUUCUAUUGAGCAAUUCAGCCGGAUGAAUGGUUUGACUGGGGGCAAAAUGCAGAAGAUAUUUAGAGCGCUCGUUCCUGAAUCUGUUUAUAGUAAUCCCCGUAAUUUAGUGGAAUACUGCUUCUUCAGGUUUUUGUCAAGGAAUAAUGCUGAAGUUCAUCCUGGCCUCAAGGAACCAGCAUUUCAGAGACUUAUUUUUGUUACUAUGCUUGCCUGGGAGCAUCCCUACAGCAGCCAGAAGGAUCACCGAGCUAAAAUGUUGGAGAGAAAUACUUUCCAGAGUCUAGUAGGAGAAGAGGCUUUUGUUCGAAUUGCUCCUGCUGUUUCUGGUGUGGCUGAUUGGUCAACAGCACAUAACCUUUUCAAAGCUCUUGCUGGUGAUGACUGGGGUAUUUCAUUUAGCAUAUGGUCCACAUAUAUUGACGAGCUUCUCAAGGUGCAUGAAGGACGGAAAUCAUACCAGUCUCAAGAGUUUUCCCAUCUUUCUAAGGAGAGAAUCCUCUGCCUAGGUUCUAGCAGAAAGCAGCCUGUUAUAAAAUGGGAAAACAACAUGGCAUGGCCAGGAAAACUCACUUUGACUGACAGGGCACUCUAUUUUGAGCACACAUUAUUGCCAGCAGUUGGCCUGAUGGGACAGAGAGGUGCUAUUAGGCUGGAUCUUACGGGAAAUGGUUCGAGAAUAGAGAAAACAAGGGUUGGACCUUUGGGAUCAAAUCUUUUUGAUUCUGCUUUAUCUGUUACCUCCAGUCCAGAGUCUGAACCAUGGGUACUUGAAUUCGUUGAUUUGGGAGGUGAAAUGAGAAGGGAUGUGUGGUAUGCAUUUAUUAAUGAAAUAAUUGCUUUAUACAAAUUCAUAAGUGAAUUUGGACCCAAGGAUGGUGAUCAAUCAGUGUAUGAUGUAUAUGGUGCUCACAAGGGGAAAGAAAGGGCAGUUAUUUAUGCCAUAAAUACUAUUGCAAGACUUCAGGCUCUCCAAUUUAUGCGUAGGACCUUAGAUGAGCCUACUAAACUGGUUCAGUUUUCAUAUUUACAAAAUGCGCCAUUCGGCGAUGUUGUUCUCCAAGCUCUUGCUGUUAAUUGUUGGGGUGGACCUAUGAUUAAGAAAUCAAUGGAGGGUAAUGAUGAACUAGGUCAACAACUGCGGCUCACUGGCGAGGCAUAUGAAAGUAUUAAUCAUGUGUUUGAUAUAGAUGGUAGUGUCUACUUGCGAAAAUGGAUGAGGUCCACAACAUGGACUUCUAAUGCUUCACUGGGUUUCUGGAAGAAUACGUCGGUGAAACAGGGUGUUGUGCUGAGUAAAAAGCUUGUUGUUGCUGAAAUGAACUUCGUAGAAAGGGCAGCAAUGAUAUGUAGAGAUAAAUACAGAGCAGCUGAGAAGACGCAAGCCACAAUUGAUGCUGCAAUGAUUGAAGGAAUUCCCAGUAACAUUGACCUUUUCAAGGAGCUUGUGCUCCCUAUGACUAUCACCGUUAGGAAUUUUGAAGGAAUAAGGCGAUGGGAUGAUCCCCUUGUGACAGCAUCUUUUCUUGCACUUGUAAAUACACUCAUCUUCAGGAACCUGCUGUCUUAUGUGUUCCCAGUGAGUUUGAUGAUCUUGGCUGCUGGCAUGUUGUUAUUGAAGGGCCUCAAGGAGCAAGGCCGUCUUGGAAGAUUUUUUGGAAAAGUUACAAUUCGUGAUCAGCCUCCCUCAAAUACAAUUCAGAAAAUUAUUGCUGUGAAAGAAGCCAUACGUGAAAUGGAGAAAUAUAUCCAGAAUGUGAAUGUUGUACUCCUUAAGAUACGAUCUAUCAUUCUUGCGGGGGAACCUCAGAUAACAACAGAGGUCGCUUUGUUGCUACUGUUGGGUUCGACCAUUCUACUUAUUUUUCCAUUCAAAUACAUUCUGGCUUUUCUCAUUUUUGAUCUCUUUACAAGGGAGCUUGAGUUUAGAAGACAAAUGGUUUUGAAGUUCAUGAGCUUUCUUAAGGAGCGCUGGGACACCGUGCCUGCAGCUCCUGUUGUUGUAUUGCCAUUCGAAGAAAAAGAAUCUCCUGCCUCAAUUCAGAAGCACAAAAUGAAUCACACGGUGAAAUCAGAAAAAAACCCGGAGCGUUAAUUAACCCGAAUAGGAUUUACUUCGUAUACAUCGUCGUUGUUGAAAGAAGAAGCACGUAAGAAUCAAUGUAAAAAGCAUUUGAACAACGGACUUAGAUUGUUCUUUGCAUUCAUGAGGGCCACAACAGUAAAGCAAAAUUGCCAGAACAGUGAAUAACCUAUAUCGAAAUUAUGAAAAUUUUGCGGUUGACAGAAUCAAAUCAAAACAUGACUGGUAAGCUGAUUGCUGCUGGCAAUGCCAUCACCCAAAGCUUCCACAUUUUGGAGAGUACCUCAAAUCUACCAACUGAUCCAUUACAAGUAAGCUGUUUGUCAUGAUAUGUGCAAGCUGUUUGAUUCCUAGUCACAACCCAGAAAAGGUUAGCAGAUAUUUGAUUAUCCUAGAUUUCAUGUAGCCAAGAUGAAGGUGUGCUGAUCUUUAAAAGCUUGUGUGGUGCACGUUAGACCCAGGAUUUUUACUUUUUUUCUUCUUUAGUACUAUCUAGUACUGUUAUGAACAAAAUAUGUUCCAUAUUUUUUAAGAAGAUUUUGUUUCCAUA